GUCGAGAUUAAAGAAAUAUAAGAAGAGCAGAAACAGGACCCUCCUCAAACUGACCAGGAGAACAACCCGACCACCUGUAACCACAAGCCUUCUAAAAUCCAUUUGCCUUCUAAAAAAUGGCAGUUGUGCUGAAGCCCUGGCCCGUCUUCGUAGCCCUUGUCCUCUGUGUGCUCCUGUGUCUGGGCACAUUCUCAGAUGCGUACCCACCCAAACCGGAGAACCCCGGGGAGGACGCGCCGCCAGAAGAGAUGGCCAAGUAUUACUCUGCGCUCAGACACUACAUCAACCUCAUCACGAGACAGAGGUAUGGCAAGAGGUCUCCUCCUGAGGACAUGAUGGCAGAGCUGCUGUUUGGCGAUGACUCACAGCACAACCAACGAUCACAGUCCGACGGCUCGUACAUGUGGUGAUUCCUCUUUGUCCUCUCCCUGUCUGGUGUUCCUCUCCUUGCGUCCAUCAUGCUGAGGGAGUCCUCUCAUGACUCAAGCACUAUCUUCUGGAUGAUUGUUGACCAUCAGUGGACCAUUGCUUGCCUCUCAAUGCAUGCACUCUUUAUUUCUUGUCCUUAUUCAUUUUUAAACCCUGCUUUCCAGCA